GUAUUCAAUCCGGCCAAGCCAGAAGGAAGCCGUUUAUAAAACCCAAACAAUUGUAAGGAAUGGCUUAAAGUCGUUGCGAGUUUUCUACCAUGACCGAUAACAAUGGUGCCCGAAGGCGAAACGACGUUGACUGGUCGCGUUUCGGCCUUGCCGACAACGUUGAGAGCUCAAAACUGCCCGAACAAGCUACAAAUCCGAACGGCAGUAAAGAUCAAGCGUCUAGUCAACACGUACGGGAGCUUUUCGACGAGGAGGGUGAUUUGCAAGAGCAAAAGCCGUGGUGGAAAGCUAAUUUCUUUGUGACAGAACCUGUGCUGUUUGGAACAUGGGAUGGUGUCUUCACGUCGUGUAUGUUAAACAUAUUUGGUGUUGUGAUUUUUCUUCGUACUGGAUGGACUGUGGGUAAUGCUGGAAUUGGCUUGUCACUUUUUAUUGUUCUAUUGACAUUGUUGAUCUCGCUCGUCCCGGUGCUGUCAGCAAUCGGAAUUAUCGAUCAUAUUGAUCAUAUCGAAGGCGGUGGUAUUUAUUUUGUUCUCACGCAUAUUCUUGGCGCAAGGAUCGGGGCUACGGUUGGAAUACUCUACUGUUUUGGACAAGCGGCCAGUAUUUCCCUAUUUUCGUCGGGUUUUGGCGAAUCACUGGCGGAGACUACAAGCUGGGAUAAUCAUUGGGCAGCCAGAACAAUUGCCCUCAUCGCUGCCCUGACGAUAUUAGGAAUAAUUUUGGCUGGAGUGAAGUGGGUUGUGAAAUUACAACUCCUGCUUCUAGCCGUUUUAGUGAUAUCCGUAUUGGAUUUUGUUAUUGGGACGUUUGCUCAUACAGAUUUGGCCAAUGGUUUCACCGGUUAUUCUGAAGAAAAUAUGGUUAGGAAUAUCAAUCCAAAGUUUUUGGAAGAUGAAUCAUUCUUUACCGUGUUUGGUGUUUUCUUCUCCACCGCGACUGGAAUUAUGGCGGGAAUAAACAUGAGCGGCGAUCUCAAAAACCCUGGGGAGAAUAUUCCAACAGGAACGUUGGCAGCUCUUGGUGUGAGCGGUUUAUUGUAUAUGUUGUUUGCUUUGUUACUUGGCGCAGUUUGUACCCGAGAAGCGUUGUUGAGUGACUACAUGAUUGCAUCCAAGGUCGCAUUAGUUGGUGUACUGUUUUUAUUUGGUCUGUACAUAUCGUCUCUGUCUUCUUGUCUUGGGGCACAAUAUGCUGCUCCUAGGAUCAUUCAGUGCAUUGGUCGUGAUAAUGUCAUCCCUCUUAUCAAAGCCUUGGGAAAAGGACGUGGAGCGAAUCAAGAACCAUACGCAGCGUCAAUAUUCGUUGGUCUUAUAGCCGUUGUUCUUAUUCUCAUUGGUAACGUCAACUCCCUCGCCCCGGUCGUCACCAUGCCCUUUUUGAUGACCUACGCCGCGGUCAAUUACGCCUACUUCAAGAUGGUCAUGUGUAUGGACUUGCAAAAGCGACGAAAGUUAAUCGAGGAAGGCGUCCUGGUUGACGAUGCGCCGAAAAGUCCUAAGAGCGAGGAAACUAGGCUGGUCUCCAAGCCCGAAAUGAUGGAUGGUCUUAUAGCAAAGGAUUAUGGGACGACCAUUCAAAAUGGCGAAGCUAUUGCGGACGUUAAGAUGACGGAUGAGACAGAGAAAAAUGAUUUGGGUGAAAAAGAGAAUCCCGAUAAGGAUUCUGUAGAGUAUAAUGUAGGGACAACUGUCGAUAAUUCGGAGUAUAACGGGGAUAAUGCAGGGGAUACUACUGGCAUGGUUGUGGAUAAUAGAGGUGAUCAACGUAGUGAUAAUGAGGGUAAUGAGAUUACGGAUGCUGAUUACUGUGAACUAGAUGAUGGAGAGGAAACGGAAUUGUACAAAAAGGAUGAGAAAGUAGAAGACAAGAACAAAACGGAUAAGCCGAAAUCGAAUCGAUACCCAAAGUCACAAUUUACAGUAGAAAUAGAGCAGAAACGAUGGUCAGAAUAUUCACAACUUGCAAACAGAUGGAUCUCGCUGGCGGGAGCAUUCGCAAGUGUUUUUAUGAUGUUUUUAAUCCAUUGGGGUUAUGCGUUAGCAAAUAUUUCAGCGGGAUUGCUUAUUUAUAUUUAUAUCGGACAGACAAAUCCUGGUGUCACGAAAGGUAUUGCUUAUGACUUUAACUUUGCGAGAUGGGUGCAAUCUUUAUGGGAAAAACUGACAAGGAGGUCACCAAACCAACACCGUGUUAUAAAAAUGGACACAAACAUUCCGUAUGAAAUAGCACUGUUUCAGGUGACAGAAGAAAACCCUGAUUUUUCAAACAGAGAAAAAAGGCAUCAUUCCUCUUUGGUGAAAGUCAUUUCUCCUGCUUAGAAUGCAACGUUCUUGGCUUAAUUUCACACGCAAUCUAUCACAAUAAUCUGAAAGCCAGAACCACGUGCGCACACCUUGAAUUCAUCGCAGCAAUUUUAAAGAAAUGGGAUUGUUCACAAAUGAAUUCCUUCUUAAUUUAUUUCAACAUUGAAUUUCUGAAUUCUCCUUCAAAGGCUAAGCUGUGUAUUCUCGACUAGAAUUCCCGAAUGGAAAUAAUUUAUUAACAAACGAAGUC